GCUGGUACUUCCGUGGCGCCGAAGAAGAAGACAUGCAGUGAUGCGACUCUUCUCAUCCUCGGCGUGACCCGGACCCGACGACGACCCAUCUCGCAUUUCUUCUCCGUCGUCUUCUCCUCCCCGUCGCUCGCCGCUUCUUUCGCUCCGGAGCUCCGCGAAGAUGAGCUCCAUCUUGCAGGGGUUCUCCAAGUCCCUCGCCAUGACGGUGCUCUCUGAGAUCGGGGACAAGACGUUUUUCGUUGCCGCGAUCUUGGCAAUGCGCCAUCCGAGAAGACUUGUUUUGUCAGGUUGUUUGGCGGCUUUGAUCGUAAUGACUGUUCUAUCUGUUCUCGUUGGUUGGGCUGCUCCCAAUUUGAUUUCUCGGAAGUGGGCACAUCAUGUUACAACGUUGUUGUUCUUUGGGUUUGGCUUCUGGUCUCUGUGGGAGGGAUUCCAUGAUGGAGGAGACGCUGAAGAAUUGGAUGAAGUUGAAGCGGAACUGGAUGCUGACAUAAAGAAGGCCAAUGCAGGAGCAAAUAAGGAGAGUGACAAGGUUGAUGAUGCAGUGAAGAAGCAGAGAAGACCAUUUCUCUCACAGUUCUUCUCUCCAAUAUUUUUGAAGGCUUUUUCUCUCACAUUCUUUGGUGAAUGGGGUGACAAGAGCCAGGCAACAACCAUUGGUUUGGCUGCAGAUGAGAAUCCAUUUGGUGUCGUUCUUGGUGGAAUACUUGGACAAGCAUUAUGCACUACUGUAGCUGUUGUUGGAGGGAAAAGCUUAGCAGCUCAGAUAUCUGAAAAAUUUGUUGCCCUCUCGGGUGGAGUUCUGUUCAUCAUUUUUGGGAUUCAGUCUUUCCUUUCUUCUGUGGAACCGUGAUGCAUGCCUCCCAGUGAUCAGACCAUGAUGGCUCUGGGACCUUGAUAUAGUUAUGAAUGUCCCUUUUGAGGCUUGAUUACUCACAGCGAGAAAACAACAUUGUUUUUAUUCACGAAAAUUCAUGCAGAAGGCUACCGAUAAAGGCAAGGCUUGGCUUAACCUGUGGUCCUCUUGUGCAUGAAUAAAUUGGUUCUUUUGUUGUAACCUACAUAGACGAUCCAUUUGUGAAGAGGAUAGUGCGUCCUCCCUUUCUCACACCCAUAUGUGCAGUACAAGUAAACAUCAUAUAGUCCUCCUGUGCAUGAAUAAAUUGGUUCUUCUGUUGUAAUUAACCUACAUAGAUGAUCCAUUUGUGAAGAGGAUCCUAUGUCCUCUCUCUCUCUCUCUCACAUAUGUACCGUACAAGUACACAGCAUACCUAAGAAUGCUAGACUGUUUAUACAGUUAUUAUGCUUGGACUGCAGAUUUAGUUCUUAACAAAUCUAUUCACUUGAUACUA